AAAAAACACACAAAAAUGUAUAUAUUAUUUUGUAUCACAUAGUUUUAAAUGUUAUAUUCACUACACAUGACAUACUAAAAAGAGAAAAAAAAAUUCUGAAGACUCCUUGUUAAAAUGGGAAAAAAAUGUUUUAGUAUCACAAGACUCGUCAGAUUUUAAUGGAUACUUUUAGCAGUUAAACACUGACCAUGUAUUCGUCUUUCUGUUGAGAUGCAUAUUCAGAAAUCUAUCAAAUCCAGUGAUCUAGUAUAUUUCUUGUUAAAAUUCUGUAGGAAAUAUGUUAGUACAAACACCAUGAUUUCUCAUCUGGUAGACAGAUGGGCAUCUCCAACUUGAUCAAACACAGCAUGUGUGUAAAUGCAUUGUCAGGAGAGUUAUUUAUGAAUUAUAAGACUAAAGACACUUACAAGAUAACCAAAAUUUUCAUUUCAUUAUGGAUUUUAGUCUUCCUGGAUGGGGCAUCAUAGAUCUAUAUAAUUUUGUUACUUUGGGCUUGAGUGAUAAUAAGUGCCAUGGUUAAUUAGUUCCUCUUGUUUAUAGAUCUAAGCAUGUCCAGACCUGGUGAAGGGGAGUAUGAACCUCUUGCUGACAGGCCCCUGUUUGGGGAGGCAAGGCCAAGGGAUAGGAUGAUGAAUAUAAUGAUAAUCUUCGUUACAACAUUGUUGGUGUUGAUCACAUCAAUAAGUGCCUUCAUUCCCUGGCCGAGCUUCCUAGACAUUUUCUUCGUGUUCUGCAUAAUUAUCAUUUGCAUAUCGCAUCUUACACUGAUUGUGUGGUAUAGACAAGGCGACCUGGAUCCAAAGUUCAAGAAGCUCAUUUAUUUCAAUACUUUCUGUAUUAUAAUGCUUUGCAUAUGUGCAAACAUCUUUUUCCAUGUCAAAUAAAUUGUGUUCUCUUCUCAUAUUGUUGACUCUACAUAGUUUAUAUGAUGUGAGAUAAUGUAUAUUGUAUGAUACAACCACUGAGCUUAUGAUUUUGUUGCACCUUUUCUCAUGAGUGCUGUCUGUGGCAUUGAAUAAUGGACUGCUUGUUGUGAGGUAUAGGAAUUUGAUAUGUAUAUAUUUUUUAUAUUUGAAUGAUUGUUGUAGAAUUACUUUUUCACAUAUAUUAAGGCAGUCAACAGAUCACGGUGCAUGUUGUAGGAAAGUGUUUGCAUUUAUGAGGCACAAUUAAUUAAAUUUAGGUUCAUUUGCCCCUGGAAAUAAGAUUCUGUUGGUAAGGAAUGGAGCAAGAGGAUGCAGAGUAAACUCAAAAAUAAAUCAACAAAUGAAAUUUACAUGGGUAAUUCAGUUAUCCAUACCUGUGGAGAAUAAUGUUUAAUUCAAAUACAGAUGAUACAGUGCUAUCCAUAGAUUACAGUGUCAUUUACUUAUGAUCUCAUGAGGUUGGUGUGAGACUUUGUUUUAAGAAUUUAGGUAGUGGCUGGGUGUUCAUGAAAAAUCUUUUCUUGUUUAGAAUUAAAAUAUUUCCCUUUUGUUUAGUUUAGAUGCUUUUACUAAGGUAAUUAACAACAGAGUGUGUGAAUUAUCUCUGUGAAUAUUAUCAUUUGUGAUAACAUGAAAAGUAGAAGCUGAUGUAGGAACUUUAAAGUGACAUAGUUAAGGAAUGAUAAAAAAUAUAUAUAUAUAUAGCUCAAAACAUUUUUUUUUCUUCAGAUUUAAGACUAUUAUUGACAUUGUAGCUUUUUGCUUUAUGUAUGCAAUCAAACAUACAUUUUAUAUAUAGGUUGUAAUAUGUUUAAAGUUACUUAAUUGUAAUUGUUUUAUUUUAUUUCAUUGAUAUAUAAUAUAUUCAUCAGCUGAAAGAGACCUUCCUUGGAAACAUAUGUAUUUCUCUCAUUAUUAAUCAUAAAACUGGUUGUAUUAUAAGUUGGUAAGAGAGUGAGAAAAGUAAAGUGAAGAGCUUUUGCUGGUUAGUGAGAUUGAAAGUGAGAGGGUGAGAGAGUGAGAGUGAGGGAGUGAGGGGGUGAGAGAGUGAGAGAGUGAGAGAGUGAGAGAGUGAGGGAGUGAGAGAGUGAGAGAGUGAGAGAGUGAGAGAGUGAGGGAGUGAGAGAGUGAGAGAGUGAGAGAGUGAGAGAGUGAGAGAGUGAGAGAGUGAGGGAGUGAGGGAGUGAGGGAGUGAGGGAGUGAGGGAGUGAGGGAGUGAGGGAGUGAGGGAGUGAGAGAGUGAGAGAGUGAGAGAGUGAGAGAGUGAGAGAGUGAGAGAGUGAGAGAGUGAGAGAGUGAGAGAGUGAGAGAGUGAGAGAGUGAGAGAGAGAGAGAGAGAGAGAGAGAGAGAGAGAGAGAGAGAGAGAGAGAGAGAGAGAGAGAGAGAGAGA